AUGCAUGAUGUUGUUAAAUGGCAACUGCUUGUAACAUCUUAUUAUUCUCCACAAUUUAUCUGGAAAGCUGUUUCUGGGCACCCUUGUCUUGCACAUCUUGUGCAGACAGCUGACUUACUGAAGAAUGAAAUUUCAGACCCAUCCUUACUGUCUUCAUCCCUUUCACAAAGCUCUAGCUCAGAGCUUGAGAAAGAUAGCAAAGUUUCUGAAAGGGAAUACAUGGCUACUCCUGUUUUUAAGAAUUUGUGGAUGGUAGUUUGGAUUAUUGGAAAAAGAAAAUUAAUUGCAAAAGAGACCAAAAAACAAAGCCACGAGAGGGAGACAGCUUACACUCCUUUUGUUCCGCAAGAUGCUAAGCCAUCCAGCUAUACAGUCAGUGGAGUAGGUGUCAGUUCUGAUAAAAGUCAAGAACAACGUGCCCUUCUUGUGGAAUCUAAAAGACAGGAGGUAAUAUCCUUAGAUAAUGAGAUUUCCUUCAAUGAGGCUAUCAUCGAGGAAAGAGAACAAGGUAUUCAAGAAGUCCAGCAGCAGAUUGGGGAAGUAAAUGAGAUCUUCAAAGAUCUUGCCGUGCUUGUUCAUGAGCAAGGAGCAAUGAUUGAUGAUAUUGGAUCCAACAUUGAGCAUUCCCAUGAAGCCACUGCCCAAGCAAAAUCAGAACUUGUGAAAGCUUCUAAGACACAACGAUCAAGUUCAUCUUUGGCUAUCAAAACUCUCCGGCGGUGUUGUUGUUUUCAAAGUUUGUCAUUCAUUCUUAAAAACCGGCGGUGUUGCUGUUUACAAUAG